CCUUUAGCGGUCCACGAAUCUCAAGUUCUCGCACACCACAGCUUUAGUAUACAUUGAGUACUGGACUGAACGGUCAAUGGAGUUGGCUCCCGAGUUGGGUAAACAUUGGCUUAUUUCUAAUAAGCAUAAGUGAGGUUAGGAAAGUUCUGUUUUCAAAAAGAAAGUACGUGCGAAAAGUUGUUUAAUACAUUCGUCUACGGUAGUAUCUUGAAAUAUAAAUAAUGGCUGAAAAUGAAAUGGAUACUUGUGAAGAUCAGAUAAUUGCCGACGAUGUAAAGACAGCUGGACAACCUCUAUCAGACUUCUUGUUACAAUUAGAAGAUUAUACGCCGACUGUUCCAGAUGCAAUUAGCGAGCAUUAUUUACACACUGCAGGUUUCAAUACAACAGAUCCAAGAAUAGUACGAUUGGUUUCAUUAGCAGCUCAAAAAUUCAUAUCUGAAAUUGCUAAUGAUGCUCUCCAACAUUGUAAAACGAGGGGAGCGAAUCAAAAUACUAAAAUAAAAGGAAAGGACAGAAGAUAUACAUUAACAAUGGAAGACUUAACUCCAGCGGUAGCAGAAUACGGGAUAAUAGUUAAAAAGCCCCAUUAUUUUGUUUAAUUCAUUAACUUUGUUACAUUGCACGGCUAACAAUUAGAUCUCAUCAUUUUUAUGAAAAAACCAACAAUAAAAUAAUCAAAAUUUAAUGUUUUAA